AUGCCCGCUACCACGCGGAGCAAAACAAAGCAGGCGCGCCUGGAGGACUUCGGAGCGGGAGACUCAAAAAGCGAAUCUGGGAGCAAGAAUGCGACUUCGGGAAAGACUACAAAGUCUGAGGGCAAAGAGUUCGAAUCCAAAGACUCCGCGGCAACAACAAAAGCGAAACAGAACAAAGCAAAGAAAGACGCCCCUGCGAACAAGCGCAAAUCAACUGACAGCAAUUCAGAUGACCAGAGUAAGAAGUCAAGACCGGCUAAGAGACGGCAUGUCAAAGCAGAGCCAGAGCCAGAGCCCGAGCCCAGCGAAGGGAAACAAAGCCAGCUCACCAAAUCCGGCGAAGUCAGCCCUCCUGACACUGAUGCGCCCGAACACAAGCCAAUCAUGAUCAACCGUGCACCCGUCUUGCAGCUAUGGUCAGCCUGCGUUGCACAUCGCCUGUAUCCGGAGUUAUCAUGGGAAACAUGCCUUGCAAUUGGGUCAGCUAUUUCAACUUUAUGCGCCAUCUCCAAGGGUCGGUCGAUCGGGAUGAUUGAUCCUCCUGACACGGCCGACGAAGAGCGCAAGCAGCGGAAAGAGGCACAGAAGCGGCGCGACGAGGCCGGGGCCGACGACGAGGUCCAAGUCAUGGGCUUUCGGCUUCUUGUCAAGGGCGAGGACGUGUUGCUCCAGGGCAAACCGAAGCAUGGGAGCGAGGCUCCUCUGAAAGGCAAAUUUGGCGGUGACGACGACUAUCAACGAGUCAAGGACGCGAUGGAUACGGCGCUGGCUAGGUGGACAGGCGAUGAGGAAAGCAAAAAGGAACUAAACAAGCGCGCUUUCCACAUGUACGAGUCUUUCCGUCCAACUGUGCAGAGUGGCCAGGGCGGCUGGGGCCGCAAAGGCCCCUUGAGCAUCGACAAGAUCAAGGAUGUGGUGGAGCGAAAGUAA